CGCUAGGAGCAUUGACUUCAAGUUUGCGGGAGUGAAGAAUGAAGAUCCUGUUGACCGGCGCGACCGGAUUCCUCGGCGGGAAGCUGUGCGACGCUCUCUUGACCGACGGCCACUCCGUGCGCGCCCUCGUGCGUCCCACCAGCGACCUCUCCUCCCUCCCUCCCCCCGCCACACACGGCGGCGCCCUCGACCUCGCGUAUGGCGACGUCACCGACUACCGCUCCGUCCUCGACGCCGCCUCCGGCUGCCACGUCAUCUUCCACGCAGCCGCCCUUGUCGAGCCUUGGCUUCCCGAUCCUUCCAAGUUCAUGUCGGUCAACGUCGGAGGCUUGAAGAAUGUAUUGCAAGCGGCGAGAGAGACGAGGUCCGUCGAGAAGAUCGUCUACACGUCGUCGUUCUUCGCGCUUGGACCGACUGACGGACACGUCGCCGAUGAGAGUCAAGUCCAUCACGAGAAGUUCUUCUGCACGGAGUACGAGAAAUCGAAGCUCGUCGCGGAUAAAAUCGCCCGGCAAGCGGCGUCUGAGGGGUUGCCAAUAGUGAUACUUUAUCCGGGAGUCAUUUAUGGCCCCGGCAAGCUCACGGCCGGCAAUGUCGUCGCACAAUUGUUGAUUGAACGCUUCAGUGGGAGGCUCCCUGGUUACGUGGGCUAUGGUAGUGAUAAGUAUUCUUUCAGUCAUGUUGAAGAUGUCGUACAAGGGCACGUUGCAGCAAUGCACCGAGGUCGGCCUGGUGAAAGAUAUCUACUCACAGGAGAAAAUGCUUCGUUCAUGCAUGUUUUUGACCUGGCUGCCAUUAUAACUGGAACAAAGAGGCCGAGUUUUAAUAUCCCAUUAUGGAUGGUUAACAUGUAUGGAUGGGUGUUAGUUUUCUACUCCAGGAUUACAGGAAAGCUUCCACUAAUUAGCCCUCCGACUGUUCAAGUGUUGAGACAUCAAUGGGCAUAUUCUUGCAACAAGGCCAAAGUUGAGCUUGAUUAUAAGCCCAGAAACCUGAGAGAAGGGCUUGAAGAGAUGCUUCCUUGGUUAAAGAGCCUGAGUUUAAUAAAAUACUGAAAAACGGGGGACUUCCAUGUGAAGAACAACAAAGUUGCUUGCCAUUGUUUUGGCUGAUAGAGAUGGCAAACACUCGAAGGCUUCUUGUGCAGCCUUCCUGAAAGGCUGAAUCUCUGCUGUAAUCUUUGCCUCUUAGAUAAUUAAUAGCGCAUAUUGAACAUGCACAUACAAUUGAAGAGGUUAAGAGGCGUACUGGACAUUCUGGUCCACGUCUUUGCAAGAAAGAGAUGGGUCGUGAAUAGUGAAACUCAGUCUUAGAAAAUCCAUCAUGUCCUGGUUGACAGCCACUGGGAUUGAGGUGGGAAAAGAUGGUUCAGUGGCAUGUUAUUCUUGUGAUCUCGUAACUGAGCCAGUGGAGUUCAUGCUUCAUGCCGAGGAUGCGUAUUUUCCAGCAGCAAGAAGAUGUUUUCCAUAUCAUGUAAGGCUAUCUUUUAGUAUUCUGAUAAUAUGAGACAAUCUUGGACUCUAAGUCGACGUAAAGAAUGCUUGUUUUGUUGGAAGCAAUGAACUUAAUAUGAGAUAA